AUGCGGAGUGGCCUGACGAACCCGACCUCAACCCCGUGGGAACAGCAGUCGACUCGGCGACCGCCCAGCGAUGCCGGUAGCCGCUAUAACAAUACUAACAACGCACAAUCCACUUAUAGCCGACGUGACAGUCGCGACACUACUGGCCAGCGGGAGCGGGUCGAACGCUUAACUGCAGGCGGAGCAUCGGCCAUUUCUGACCCUCGUCAACGCCAACCGCAUUCUAGAAACGGCAGUGCAGCCGGCUCAUCCGGCGACUACCAUGAUGGCCAGCACACGAGCAGCGGGCGACGCCACGACUAUGAUGUGCAGGCUAUGGAAUCAGACCUGAGCCCUCGCCCUGGUGUCACCAAAAACCCUAUCCCCGCUCCACUUGUUACCGUGCGAAGCGAGUUCCCUACGAUGAAUCGAUCCCGCCAACAGCAAACUUUGACAUGUCUGAUCACGGUGGAGGUGCCCGAGGGCAAUUGGCGUCCAGACGCAGACGAUCUUCGACAACCGCCUUCAGGCCAGUCUCAACUUGAUGAGCCGUAUACGGGUCGAUUCGGGGGCUCGCAGGAUGCUCGGUCUAUUCAGAAUGAGCCGGUGGAGAACCUGGAGGAGAUUGCGGAGGACUUGCGAAAUCGGGUCGAUAAUUGGCAUGGCCUCGAGUUCCAACGGUUUGGCAAGUUGCGAUUGCAUGGGCAAAUGCGCGUGGGCAAGGACCGGGAAUCAUGGCAGGAAUUGGAAUGCUAUCUGUUCGCGGAGAUGCUUAUCUGCGUCAAGGAGAAGAAGAUUCCCGAUUCUCACCAAUACGAUGAGAAGCGCAAGCCCACUCGCUGCACUCUCAAGGGUUCCAUCCUGAUCAAGAAGCAUUUGAAGUCCAUUGAUGCCGGCUCUGACGAGCCAGUUCUCUCUCUUAAUCUUUCUGUCAGCGAGCUGCCCUGCUUUUACCUACGUUUCCAGAACCGCCAGCAGCUGGAGACGUGGCACCGAGCGUUGACGAAUCUCAACCCAGUGGAAAAUGUGUCCCGACAGCAUAAUGACUUUGACUACGAGCACUUGGGCGCUGAGGAGGAGGACUACCGGACCAGCCGUAUUCAGCGACAAGCAUCUCUCAACUCAUCCUAUGGCGCAGGCAAGUCGAAUAAUACCGCCAUCACCGAUUACACCAACCCUGAUGCGGAGAAGCCAUCUCUCGAUUCGUUCCACAUUCCUCUGGAUCUCGUUGUGGUCAUUCCUGUCUCAUCAUCGAUGCAGGGUCUGAAGAUCACGCUUCUGCGCGAUGCUCUCAAAUUCCUCGUACAAAAUCUGGGCUCGCGGGAUCGGAUGGGUUUGGUGACGUUUGGCUCGAGCGGUGGUGGUGUGCCUCUAGUGGGUAUGACUACCAAGUCAUGGAAUGGAUGGAAUAAGGUUCUCGACUCGAUUCGUCCUGUCGGCCAGAAGAGUUUGCGCGCUGAUGUGGUGGAGGGUGCGAACGUGGCGAUGGAUCUGCUCAUGCAGCGCAAAUUCAACAACCCCGUCUCAACCAUCCUUUUGAUCAGCGAUUCAUCUACCUCCGAUCCUGAAAGUGUCGACUUUGUUGUCUCUCGCGCCGAGGCUGCCAAGGUCAGCAUCCACUCCUUCGGUCUUGGACUGACCCACAAGCCGGAUACCAUGAUCGAGCUCUCGACUCGCACCAAGGGCUCUUAUCUCUAUGUUAAGGACUGGAUGAUGCUUCGGGAGUGUGUUGCUGGAUGCUUGGGUGCUAUCCAGACUACAUCACACCAAAAUGUCAAGCUGAAGCUUCGCCUGCCCGAGGGCUCCCCGGCCAAGUUUGUCAAGAUCAGCGGGGCUCUUCACACGACGAAGCGCGCGACUGGUCGAGACGCCGAGGCUGCCUUGGGAGAUCUCCGAUUUGGUGAUAAGCGUGAUGUUCUGGUGCAGCUGGUUAUUCAACCCGACAAUGCUACGCAAGACAACAUGCCCCAGGACCCAUGGGAGAGCUUGGUCUCUGGCCUGGAAGCUCUAGGCGGGGGACUCGAUGGCGAUGAGCAGCGCGUGCUGAGUGUUGAAGAGGUCCCUUUGAUCCAAGCCGACCUGACAUACGGCGAUCUUCUUCGUGAUGGCCAUCUAACCCACUCGCCUCGUCCGUCAUUGCUUGCCAUUACCAUGCUCCCUCCAAACCCCAAGUCUCGCAACCAGCGACCCUCCACCCCUCCCAUCCCCCCUCACCCAUCUAUCGUGCAGCGCCGCAUGGAGCUGCUUACAUCCGAUAUGUUGACCAGGGCACUCACCCUUGUCUCUCGCGGUCAACACGACCGUGGCCAGCACCUGCUUCACGAGACCCGCAGUAUCCUCAAAGGUCUGGGCAAAGGCGGUUUACCCCCAUUGCCACCCACCGCGUCUCGACCUUCAGGAACCAGCGACGCGGGCAGCAGAGGCGAUACACCAACCUCAAGCUCUCCUAAGUCUUCUACUUUCGCGGAAAGCCAUGCCUCUUCCGCGUCCGAAACCGCUACUAUCACCCCAUCGUCCGCAGUUGAUGCGCAUACUAUGACUGCGCUCAACGCGGAUCUGGACUCUGCUCUUGAGUGGAUCAACCAUCCCGCCGUCUUCGGUCGUGACUCGCGUAAGGCCGUGCUACAGAGUAUCGGUGUGAUUUCCUCGCAGCGUGCCUAUACAUUCCGUACACCUUCAGAAUCACACUGGGCCCAACGGAUUGCUGGCGUGCGGCGUCUGACAGAAAAGUCCAAGGGUUGGCGUGAGAUGGGUGAUGAUGCUUUGACUGAAGAGUAA